AUGCUGGGCGUGUCGAUGUGGACCAGCGUGCCAUUCAUUUUGCUGUUCACAGCGGUCUAUGCUGCAUCUGGUGGGCUGCGCGCGGUGAUGUACACCGACGCCGGACAGGCGACGAUUUUCCUCAUUGGCGGGUUCGUUGGCAUGGCGGUGGCCUUCAGCAAGAUAGGUGGAAUCGCCGGCCUUGCUGACACGCUGGAGAGGAACGACCUGAGCUACAUGCUGACCACACUGCGGCCACCAUCCGACAAGGAGUUCCCCUUCACAGGAAUGCUGGUGGGGCAGCCCUUGUCGUCCAUGUGGUAUUGGUGCGUGGACCAGACAAUGGUCCAACGCGUUCUGAGCGCCAAGGGCGUGGUGCACGCCCGAAAGGGCUGCCUCCUUGCAGGUUAUCUCAAAAUCCUACCUCCCUUCCUUAUGGUGUUCCCUGGCAUCAUUGCCCGCGCCUUCUUCGCAGAGUGUCAGCGAACAGAAGGCCAGCUGCACGGCGACUGGUGCGGAACAGACCUGGGUGAUGCCAAUGAGUCGAGCAAAGCCUAUCCGCUGCUCAUCGCCAAGAUGUUUCCAGACGGUCUUCGAGGCCUUCUGAUCGUUUCCAUGGUGCUUGCCAUGAUGUCCAGCUUGGACUCGGUGUUCAACUGCUUAUCCACCAUCUUCACUUACGACAUCUACAAACGCUUCCUACACCCGCAGGCUUCGCGUCGUCGGCAAGUUUGGAUUGGCCAGCUUGCCACGGGUGUCGCCGCCCUUUGCGGCCUGGCCUGGCUCCCCAUGAUUGCCAACAGCGCAAACGGAUUGUACCUGACCACGCAGAGUGCGCAAACUCACAUGUCUCCGACCUUGGUGGCAGUGUUCCUCGUGGGCCUUUUCUGGCCCAGGGCGAACGGACCAGGAGCACUGGCGGGCAUGAUCGUGGGCUUCACGGUUGGCAUCAGCAGGUUUGUAGCAACUCGUCUCGUCACCUGCGACGAGGGCGACACCUACAGCCUCACGUGUAUGCAGUUCAACCACAUGGCCUUGAUCCUCUUUGCCAUUGCGGCGAUCGUCACGGUGGUGGUGAGUCUUCUGACGAAGCCUCCAGAGCCAAGCCAAGUGCAGGGCACAACAUGGUGGAGGUCUGAUGCUGAAGGCUGCGAGAAAGAGGGUGACGACAAGCCUGGUUUCGGCUCCCUCUGUGCCGCUGGCAUUCUGCUGAUGACAAUGGCCGGUCUAUGCCUGGGCUUCGGCUACAGCGGUGCUGACCGCCAAGUGGUCGUAAGAGGAUCACUGCUGGCUCCCAUAGGCCUGGGCAUCGGCCUUCAGGGCGGACUUUGGGGUUCAAGGUUUGGGGUUUGUGGGGCUCCAUGUGUUGGGCGUUGUGUGGGGUGGAGGGCUUAA